AUGAAAGGGAUCACCAUAAACACGAUAUCAACCUUCACGGUGCUGUGUGCCAUGAUGUCUUCAGUUUUAGCAAGUGAUAAAUCAACUUCAGCAAAGGCGAUGCCAACAAUUACGCAAACAAGUGCUAGUUCACAAACUUCUUCAUAUACACCAACAUUCACACCAACUGUUCCAACUGGUUCAAAUCCAAAUAUAGUUAUACCCAAAUUGCCUUAUGGUACAACAUUCAUAGCUUUUGGGGGUGUUUUGGGACUGAUAUUUUUCGGUUUAAUGUUUACAAGAGUAAUUUAUUGGUGUUUGUCUAAUAAACAUGCUAAAGAAGCUAAUCAAAUGAAUAAAGUUACUGAAUUUGAUUAUGACCCUUCAUUAUUCCAGGAAAAAGGAUUAACAAAGCAUACAAGUCGUGCAUCAAUCUAUUCAUUAGGUUCAACAUCUACAUUGAAUGUUUUGGGAUCACAAGCUUCUAUGGAACAAAUGGUUGCACCAAGUGGAAGAUCUUUUAGAACUGCUUUAAUGAAUAAUAAUCCAAGAAAUUCAUUAUUUAUUUCACCAACUGAACUUUUAGCAACUCAACAACUAAACAAUUUCCAAAGAUUAGAAGAUGUUGGUGGUUAUGCUGCUUUUGAAUCACCAAUUGAUAGUCCGUAUACUCCAAACUUUGGGCAUCAAACAACAUCAAGUAUUGAUACUGAUCAUACAAGGGAAAAGAAAUCCAAACCUGCAAGACCUCCAAGUGUCUAUAUGGAACAAUUAUUUGAUGAUGAAGCUUCCAUACGAAGCGAUAAUAAUCAAAGUUAUACUUUCGACGCGCACAAUAGAGUGUGA